AUGGCCCUUAACCCCCGAAGUCCUUCCGUCCACAAUCAGAUGAUUACUCGGUUUAUCAAACAUCCGAAAUCCACAAACUUUGAUGGCGAACGAGACCAACAAGUAAAGCGUCAAAAGGAAGGCAACAGUCCGAAAAAGGCACCGCCUACGCCACGUAAAAGAGUGAAACGUGAGGUCCCUGGCUCCGAGGAUGAAGAAAGCCGGGUGGAAAUCAAAGAAGAAGAGAAGGAGCCCAAAACAGAUUUGGAGAGCGCAUUGCCAGAGGUGAAAAUAGACGACGAGGCUAUCAAGGAAUAUGAAGCAUACAAGGCAUCAGAAGAGAAUAAAUCAAAAGAAACCAGUGAACGUCUGGAGAAGCGAGCAUGGAUCAGAGGCACGAGCUCGCUUUAUGUCGAUGCAUUCAACUUGGCACUAGACACUGUUCUAGAUGAAGAAGGGCACCUCUUCGAUGAAGCAGAGACAGAAGUCUUUCGAAUAUGGCGGGAUUUGGGUUAUGAGGCGCAGUACUUAUAUGUACGUUUGUUCCUGCGGAAGACAUCUGCCUGGCAUCGAGUAAAGAAUCUUGGCUACCAUGCCGAUAUCUCAGAUCUCGAUGCAGCAGCCGAAACAUUGCAGCGCACAUACGAACUACCUGCACCCUCUUCCCAAGUCGAGCCGCAUCCAGGCGAGUCUGAAGCACCGACUGGAAUUGUACUAGGCACUUCGUUUACGUUCGCGGAUCGAUCCGAAGAGGAAAUAAGCACACUUGAAGAAGCGUCAUCUCUUCUGAAACUUGAUGAACUUAAGGCUCUUGCAAAGGACGCCAAAGUCAAAGGAAAGAACAAGAGUGAGCUUUUGAAGGCCCUUCGACGCACAAGUCAGAAGCAAACCGGCCUAGGCUAUGUUGGGCUGAAGCGGUCGGAUUCGGAAAUGUCCAGAGCCUCUUCCGCAUCCAGAUCUCGGCCGGAAACACCAGAUGUGGAGUUGGAACCUGAGGGUGAUUUGUCAGACGAUGCCAACCGUGAUGCGCAUUUCACGCGCAGGAUCAUGCAGGAGACUGGUUCAUGUAUACGACUUUCUCUAGCACCUCUAAAGCUCUUUGAGCGCGUGCACCUUGUUUUUUACCGGUCUACUGAGUGGACAGAGAAGUCUUUGACAACCAUCAUCUUGGCCAAAAUAGCGCGUCGAAAUUUCCCAGAGUAUAUUGUCUCUCGGUCAGCAAAUAUCUUCGCUUCCCGAUCAUUGUUGUUGGAGUACGAGGCAUCCAUCCGAACCCAACAUAGGAUAGACAAUAUUUUGGAGUAUAGUGGUAGGCCUACAGAGAAAGGGUACCGGGAAAUUCUGGAUACAUUUGAGGAAAUAUACCCCCGCUGGCAAACUCUUGUCCAAGAAGAGCAGCAAAAAGAAGAUAGCGUCUAUCACAGCGGGGAGGGCUCAUAUCUACGCCGGCUAUCUCCAGCUUGGGUGUACACACGUAUCAUCCACAAAGCGCUCGACGUGCUUAGGCGCCGGAAAGAACACAAGCGCGAACACGAGAUUGUAACCGAAUUGUUGCGCCAGCGCCUUUUCCAUCACUCGCGGAGAGGUGCAUGGUAUCAACGCAAAGCGCUUCUCGAGGAGCACUACAUGGCAGCGCUCACCGACCCAGGAAAGAGGAGCAUAGACAAGCAAAAGAGGCACUGGAAGCAGGUUGCACUGCAGACGUGCGAAGAUGGCUUGCAAGACAACCUCGUACAUGUCAUCCACCACUACGACCUCCAGAAGCGCAUCACAAAACUCGAACUGUCUCUCAACUUUGCCAAACGACUCCAGCAUGACUUUUCCCACGUGCGCUUGACAAAGCCAGUCGAGGUCACCAUGGAAGGAACCCGCAUCGAGCGCGAAACCCCUGUAUCAUCAAGACGAAGCAACUCUCCUCAUCCCAACUCUGGUAGACGCGGCGGGAAAACCAUCUGGAUUGACCCACGCGAGUAUGGCGAAUGCUCAGUCGAAGCAAUGUGUCUAUCGCACUACCGCAACCAGGGCUGGAAAGGAUUCCAUAGCGAAGGCGGCAUCAUACGUACCCUCUUUGCCUACCUCUUCUACGACGUCCUCUUCACAUAUGUCCCUAAUGUUUUUCAAACGCCCUACCAGACCUGCCCACUGGACUUGCACACCGACGCCUUCUACCCCUCGCGUAUCUCAGAAAUCAAUUCCCGGCUGAAUGAGAUUUCAAACGGUAGCGCGCCAGGUAUUAUUCAGAGGAUCUACGACGACCAUCAUGAGCGUCGGACUUGCGUUGUCGGGCUCGACUGGACCUAUGAUGUGAAAGAUCUCGUGGAGAUUGCACGAUGCUUUGACGGCGAAGCACUGGCUACAAUAUGUAAAGUCAUGGCUCAAGAGUAUGGGCAGAGGGGUGGCGGCGUCCCGGAUCUUUUUCUCUGGAGAGUUGAGCAAGGGCAGCAAGAAGAAAUCAAGGGCGAGGUCAAGUUUGCAGAGGUCAAGAGCGAAAAUGAUCGGUUGAGUGAUACGCAGAGGCUUUGGAUACAUGUGCUUUCUGGUGCGGGCGUGAGGGUUGAACUUUGUGCGGCAGUGGCGAAGGAGGUCAAGGUUGUGUGA